UGACCAUUUCUCAUCUCAUUACACAUUUCCACUGAAGCUUCUGCUGACCUGCUGACCCACUUAGCAAUUUUUUUUCCGUUAAUUUGUCACUAUUGUGAACUCUUUCCAGUUUCUUUAUACCGACUUUUCGAUCAAACAUCACCAGACCUUCUUUUUUUCAUCUAAGCAUUUCAUCAAACAUCUGGUGGGCACUUCUUGAAUCCAGUCAAGUCAUCAUCUUGAUCGGUUUUUUGUUCCUGUUCACUUCAAAUUUGUGAUCUUGUAAUACCCUUUAUACUAACCUUUCAAUCAAACAUCACCGGACCCUCAUUUCUCACCUCAACAUUUCAUCAAACACCUGGGGGGCACCUUAUUUUCUUACUUAAAUCCAGUAAAAUCGUCUUCUUGAACCUUGAUUUAAUGAAAGGGGAAUCAAAGACUUACUUCCGGUUGAACACCGGCGCCAAGAUUCCGGCGAUCGGGCUCGGAACAUGGCAAAGCGGCGGUGGGUUUUGUGUAGAAGCUGUGAAAACAGCGAUCUCAGUAGGUUACCGUCACAUCGAUUGUGCACAUCUGUACGGAAACGAAGCUGAAGUUGGGGAAGCGCUAGCUGAACUUUUCAAGAACAAUUCAGUAAAAAGAGAGGAUAUUUUCUUGACAUCAAAGUAUCAUUGUACAACAAAUUCAGUAAAUAAGCUGGAGAAUUAUGUUAGGGUGUCUCUUAAGAAUCUUGGGGUGUCAUAUUUGGAUCUUUACUUGAUGCAUAGGCCUGAAAGUUCUGCACUUGGUGAUGCGACUGACCCGCCUGCGAAUUCGGGUAGCGAAUACAGGCAGAUUUGGAGUAAGUUGAAUUCAACAUGGAAGUCUAUGGAAAGGUUGGUUGAAUUGGGCCUUGUUCGGGCUAUCGGGUUGAGUAAUUUCGAUAUACCACAGAUCAGAGAAGUGCUUAAGUUUGCUAAGAUUGUGCCUGCAGUUAAUCAGUUGGAGUUGCAUCCGUUUUGGAGGCAAGACGAGCUUGUGAAGUUUUGUCAAUCAAAAUCAAUCCAUGUAUCCGCUCACACGCCAUUAGGUGUACCGAAUUGUAAUCCCACAACAUCUGAAAACGGAUCAAGCGAGCAGUGUGAGCCGGAAACCCCCAAUUUGUCUCUGAGACGGUCAAGAUCCGUGCACGCCCCUAUGCUAAAGCUCAGAGACGUCGCAGAUAUAGCAGACAGACAUAACAAGACUCCUGAACAGGUUAUUUUAAGGUGGGGUCUUCAAAGGGGGACGAGUGUACUACCAGCGAGCGUCAAUCCAGAGAGAAUAAAGCAGAACUUCAAUAUAUUCAACUGGAGUUUGUCAGACAAUGAAUACAAGCGGUUAAAUCAGUUAGAACCGCAAGUAUGUCUAUUUGGAAGCUGGCCUUUAGAUGGUGGUAUUUCUGAGAAUGGGGGCUCUGUUUCCGGAAGGGGCCCGCUACAAGCCGUUCAUGAAACGGAGGACGACAACUUUUGAGUUUUGACGCAUGUUUAUGUUGUAAAGACGGUAUUGGUUAUCGUGUUGUGUAUGAUGUAAUGCUACUGUAGAAUAUUUUGGCUUUUGAUGACAUGUUUUCUAGGAUUGAUGUGUUUGGUUUCAAGAACUUUGUGAUGUAAUUGUGUGAUGUAUGACUUCGUAUCUAAUUGUUACUCGGGUUAUCUAAUUA